CGGUGAAUGAUCUUUACUCGACUUCACCCUCAUGAAGUGAGAUGUUAGCGCUCGAGCCAUCAGCUGGCGGUGACACGGACACAGCUCACCACUCCUCGCCCUCAUCCCUCCCUUCAUCAGCCGAAUGAGGGGACUCGGAAAGAAAAGCCAAGUGAGUGAAAGAAAGAAAUAGGCAGGGAAGGAGAGAAGAGUGCUCCAUGGUCACUCGCCCAUUGGAAGCAUAUUUUGGAUUCGACUUUUUCUUGGAGGGGACCUGAGAGAAGAAACAAGCGUUUUGUUGGCGUGCCAAAGGCGAACAGCCAUGCACCUGAAUCGGGAGGACGAGGACGGAAAAGGUUCUUUGUCUCUGAGUGUGUUCCUGGUAUCGGUGGGUUUAACGGUGUGUGUCGUGUGGCUGGUGGCGCUAUGCGGGGUCUGUGGAUGGUGUCAGCGCAAAUUGGGGAUGAGGAUUAAGCCAGGGGUGGAGACAGCGGGGACCCCAGACUCGGUGUCUGUGCCGGGGAGAGGCCGAGGAGAAAAUAAAUCAAUCAAUGAUCUUGACAGGGACUUUUGGAAUAACAAUGACAGCAGCAAUGUGCAGCAGCGCUGGAGCUCCUACCCACCCAAGGAGUUCCUCCUCAACAUGUCCCCCUACGCACCCUACGGAGACCCUCGCCUCACGCCCAAUUUUGGGGACCCCUCUCUUUCCACCACCUCCACCUUGGAGCAUAUCCCGUCCUCAGCAGCGCGCCCCAGGCCCCUGGUCAGGCAGCAAAGCCUCCAGCAGCCCCUAACCCACCAGCCCCCGCCAGGCCCCAAUGACCCCCCAGCCACCUCCCAGAGUCUGGGCCAACUGCAUACUGGGCCCGGGGGUGGGGGCCACCGGGGGGGCCCGCGGGGGGUGCGUGGAAGUCCGGCUGGGGCAGGGGCGUCCCGCUACAGGUCGGGUGGAGGGGCACGAUCACGUUCCAAUCCUGGAAGCUGGGACCACGUGAUGGGACAGAUCCGGAACAGAGGCAUGGAUGUCAAGUCAUUCCUAGAGGGGAAGAUGGUAGUACUGUCCCUCGCGAUCGGAUUGGUCGAACAAGAUGACUUCGCCGACCUUCCAGAUCUACAGGAGACACCAGCCGACAAGGAAACACCUCCCGCUGACAAAAGAUGUAAUAAACACGGCAGCAGCCCUAAAGGUCAGACCCCAGACGAAAGCAGCCGCCGGACAGAUGCUAACUCCUCCGUCUCAGACCUGGCCAACUCCGUCACCAGUGAUAUGCUGAUGUUGUCCCCAGGCUCUGAGGAAGAGGAACACGAAGGCCCCGUGUGCGAGAAGCUGGGACGCAUCCAAUUCAGCGUGGGAUACAAUUUUCAGGACUCCACACUGACAGUGAAAAUCCUGAAGGGUCAGGAUCUACCUGCGAAAGACUUCUCCGGCACUUCAGAUCCAUUUGUCAAACUCUACCUUAUGCCAGACAAGAAGAACAAACUUGAGACCAAGGUCAAAAGAAAGAACCUCAACCCUCACUGGAACGAGACCUUCCUGUUUGAAGGGUUCCCGUUUGAGAAGGUGGUGCAGCGCACACUGUACCUGCAAGUGCUAGAUUAUGACCGUUUCAGCCGGAAUGACCCUAUAGGAGAGGUGUCCAUCCCCCUGAACAAGAUCGACCUGGCCCACAUGCAGACCUUCUGGAAAGAGCUGAAACCUUGCAGUGAUGGCAGUGGAAGUCGAGGAGACCUGCUCGUGUCUCUGUGUUACAAUCCCACGGCCAACACCAUCACUGUGAGCAUCAUCAAGGCACGCAAUCUCAAAGCCAUGGACAUUGGGGGAACGUCCGACCCCUACGUCAAAGUGUGGCUGAUGAACAAAGAUAAACGAGUGGAGAAGAAGAAGACGGUGGUGAUGAAGAGGUGUUUGAACCCUGUGUUUAAUGAGUCCUUCCCCUUUGAUGUCCCCACUCACGUCCUCAGAGAGACCACCAUCGUCAUCACAGUCAUGGAUAAGGACAAACUGAGCCGCAAUGAUGUCAUAGGCAAGAUCUAUCUCUCAUGGAAAAGUGGCCCAGCAGAGGUGAAGCACUGGAAAGACAUGAUGAGUCACCCGCGCACUGCCGUUGCCCAAUGGCACGCUCUCAAAGCUUGAAGGCCCCGCCCACCAAAAGUAAACAACCCCUUCAGAACCCUGUUGAUAUGCACAAGUUUAAACACGGGUACCAAAAGCCAUCCAACUAUCUUUCUCUCUCAUUCUAUGUCCCUCUCCCUCUUCCUCCCUCCUCAUCUUUUCCCCUGCAGUUUGUUUAUGGAGACCCUUCCUUUAUUAUUCACAGCUUAUAAUUUUUUUCCCACCAAAAAGAGGCUAAGCACUGCCAAGGAAACUGGGAGAGAAAGUCUUGCAUAAUCGAAAGAGGUAAACAGACUCAUCUUCCUUGAGAAAAAAGUUUGACAGCUCAACUGUUCUCUGAACAGCUGGACCGCACAACAUUGUGACUUCUAUCAUCGCUGAGCUUAAAACGGCUGAAAACAAACUCCCGAACAGACCCCUCUAUUGCCAUGUUUGUGUCCCGCCUCUCUCGGGGCGUCCCUCUGACUGUACAGAAAGAUCCAGAAGGAUCGCAACCACAGUGCAAUACCUAGUUGAAGGAGGGAUGAACUUGUGUGUUGGACUUUGUCACCUCUCGAUGUUUUCUCAGAACAGUGUAGAAAUUCACUGGAACUCUUCGUUGUCUGUACGUACUGUGGGUGCUGUUAUGUGACAGAAAAAAGGUCUUGUUUAAAAAAAAAAAAACUGAGAAAUUCUAACUCACUUUAAUUGGUUGGAUCAGUUCAGGUGUGUAGGGGGGAAUACGUUUAAACAAAUUUGAGAACAUUCCAACAAGUGUAGAAAGCAAAAUAGGGACAAAAAAUGUUAGUGGGUCUACGCGAGUACAUGAAUGCAAAAAAAUUCUAUGUUAGCUUGAUUUAAAUGCAUUGUUGGCUUUGUUUCCACCUGGUAUUAAUAUGCGUUUUCAGUGAUCCAAUCACAAGUGAUCAGUCGAAAUUGCAUUACAGUUUACUCCUGCAUUUAAAUGCAUUUUUCCAUGCUUACUUGUGCUCAGAUUUCUUCAAAACCCUUCCUUUUUAGUUACUUGAAAUAAAAUAAAUUUUAACUGAAAUAAAAUAAAAUAAAAUAAUACACACACACACACAUAGAUAUAUAUAUA